UCAAGUGGUUUGAACUGAUCAACAAUGGAUGAGCAAGACAACGAGACAUGUUGUCAGUCCAUGUUCAGCUCCUACUCACGGCGUCAAGGGAUUGUUGCGCUGAUUGCCGUUAUGGCCAUACUUGGAGUGUUUGGUAACUGUUUGGUCAUAGCUGCCGUGACUUUGUCCAGAAAGCUCAGGAACCCAACAAACAUGUUUGUGUUCAAUUUGAGCAUCGCCGAUCUACUGGUUUGCGGUUUUGUCUUGCCUGGGCAAGCCACGGCACUUCUCGCUGUCGAUAAUUCAAUGCCAGAUAUCAUGUGUUCGCUCACAGCUGUCUUACAGAUUCUAAGCACUGGGUGCAGCAUCAACAAUCUGGCCUGCAUUGCCAUUAAUCGCUAUCUCAUCGUGUCCUGUCGUAAAGCGACAUAUCUAAAGUUGUUCAACCGCCGACGAACUAGUCUGGCAAUCAUCCUGACCUGGUUGAUACCCGCCUGUGCAAUGGUCGUCCAGCAAGUUGUUGGCAAUGUCAAACUUGACCGCGAAUCCAUGUUUUCAUACUGCAGUUGGGUCGAUGCCAAAACUUCCGAUGCGAAAAUCAAACCUGUUGUGGUUGGGGCUUUCCUUCCGGUUCAGUUUGUCCUGAUUUGCUUUUGUUACGGCAGGCUGUUCUAUCGCAUUCGUACCCACACCAGGAGAGUCCAACACUUAGGUGGAGCCAUCAGAGUGGCCACUGUGAUGGAAGCUCAGCAUCGGUGGGCAGGACACCGGCCUGCGGGACACCGACCCAAUCAGAACCAGCAUCAAAUCAAAGUGACCAUGAACCUAUUCUGUGUGGUUUGUUCCUUUGUGGUGUGUUUUACACCUUACAUUUUUCUCUUUGUGUUCAAAAGGUCUCUAGCAUUCACCCUUGUCGCCGGUGUGUUGGCGCUGGGCAAUAGUUGUAUCAACCCCAUGCUCUAUGCUGCAAAACAUCCCGAAUUCAAGAAAGUAUUCCACUGCAUCAUUAGAGGCAAAUUUGCACAGAUACCUGGCAGGGUUACUUUCAAAUGUUUCAAUUAGUUCUUUUGUUUCUUUGGAGUGACAGGGUAAGAUUUCAAUUCAGGCGAUUCACAAUGCAGAGCGCCACCAAUAGUUUGCCA